AUGGCAUCUUAUGACCGUUCCUAUGAGAAGAAUGAAGUCCAAUAUCAGAGAGUACAUGUAGGGAAAGAUCAUGUAGAUUUCUCGUACCAAUUUUUCAAGAACAGCAGUACCAGAUAUGUCAGUACAUCAGAAAGUUCUCGUAAUUACAAAAUCUCAACAUCCUGGCAGGAACGAUCACCAGCGAUAUAUUUACUAAAAAAACCAUACAAUGAUAGCAGCGAUUUUUAUAUUUGCAUUGAUCUCGUGUUUGAUGAAGCCGUAUAUCCGAUCAGAGUCUCUAUAUAUGAAAUGCGUUUUCCUUGGUAUAACACUAAAAUUUGGGCUCACAAUUCUCAAGAAAAUCGGUGGUUUCCAUUAUGGACUGAUGUGAUGCUUAUCGGUACAUCAAAAUUGAUCCUUUCUAAAAAUUCAGAAGGAAUUUUCACUAGUAUAUUAAAAAGUGUGAAGAACCAUCAUUUGAUCAAUGAUAAUUUUACGCCUAUUGAUGAACAUGCACACUGGGAUAUAAGGCAUCUCCGAAAGAAUUUUUCUAACUACUGUACCAUUUAUACGAGAUGUAAAUAUUUGCAAAAGUUGGAUCUCACAUUAAGCGAUAUUUCCUCUUCGGAAUUAAAAAAAUUUCUCGAAAUUUGCGGUGGGAGUUUAACGCAUUUACGAUUAAGUAACUGCACAUUGUAUAGCAAUGUUUUAGAUGAAAUUGCGGCAUUAUGCAAUAAUUUGCAAGUAUUGGAUCUCAGUUAUUGCAUUUUUGAAGAUUUACUUAAUGAACCGAUAUUGUCUGCAGAUGUUACACUUCGUGUUUGCAAAUUAUUACAAAGAAAUCCUCGAAUAUGUAACUUAAAUUUGAACGAUGUUGGAUGCCUAUUUGAAAAUAUCGUCGACUUCUAUUACCUGCCUGGAUUCAAUUGCAUGGACUCAAUUGCCAUACAAUUGAGGCAUUCUUGCGCAGACUUGGAAAUACUAAAUAUAUCUGACUGUUCAAUUACAUCGCUAGGUAUUGAUGCUCUCGCCGAGUGUAAAAACUUACGGAAACUGAACAUUCCAAAUAUGUACGUAUGCCAUGUUUUCUCUUAAAGUACGUAUUAUCAUAAACAGUUUUAAUUAAAUUUUGUAUCUUUAUCUCUCUUGCAAGUAUCACGUAACAGCUAUGUUGUUUUCUCUUUUUGAUUGAGAAACCGUAGUAAUAGCAUGGUUUUAGUUGCAGGAACGAUGGAACAAUCGAUACAAGUUGCUUGAGUAGAAUGUUUUCCACCUGCCAAAGUUUGGAAGAAAUUAAUAUGAAGUAUCCCUAUUAUGAUGCCGACAAAUUUCUGACGCUGUGUAAAAACUUGAAACAAGUAUAUUUGGAAGUGUUACCUCUAACCGUGUUAACACUUCCCUUGCAGUGUCCAAAAUUGCAAAAGAUUUCUUUUAUGGAAGGUGACGAAGAAUUAAUUCACCGGAUGGAGCAAGAAUAUCCACAUGUGUCUUUGUGUAAAUUAGAAUAUUAAAAUAAUUUUGAUA